AUGGACGAACAAGUGGAUUUAGAAGCGUUGAAAAAGUUAACACCGGAACAACAGAAUCAACUCAUUUCUGGUUUGAAACAACAAGUCGCCGUUUUAAAUGCACAAGCAAUUAUCGGAGAGCUUUCUCAAAAAUGUACCCAAAAAUGUAUAGUUAGCCCAGGUGGUUCAUUAACGAAUUCCGAAAAGCAAUGUUUGCAAAGAUGCAUGGAUCGGUUUAUGGAUACCUGGAAUUUAGUAUCGGUAGCAUUACAAAAACGAUUACAGGAUGAAUUUUCUGGUUUCCAUCAAUAA